UAUUUCCUUUAUCUGUGAUUAAGAUGCGUUCCUAUUUUUGUGAACUGUUCCUGGUAGAUGGAUGUUUAGCUUGAGUUGCUUACUGGCAGGUGGGAGAAACUAACCAUCUGUGAUUUAUUAUGCUGAAUUGACUAUUUGGUGUUGCUUUCAUAUUCAAUUGGACCGACAAGUCAUUGGUCGGAUUGUAUGGGUUAGGUGCUGGGAGAGGUUAGAAAUUCUAAACUCCUUAUAGGCAUUAAUGACAACGGGUUAAGGCGGCGCCCUUCCAAAACCUUUACCUUCAUUCUAAUUUUUUUUUCAUCAGUUCAGAUUAGGUUGAUGAGAUUAUGGAAUUUUCUUUUUCUUUUUUAUUUUUUUUCAGACUGCAAAGCAUUUCAGAAGAUAAAGUGGCUUCAGACAAAGAACAGAACCUGGUAUCCAUCUUUGUCCCUGCUCUUCGAUCAGGGGAGUGGUCUGAUAUUGGGGGUCGGCCCUAUAUGGAGGACACUCACAUAUGCAUCAGUGACCUGGCUAAGAAGUUCAAUCAUAAUUUGCUUGAUAAGGAAGCUAUAUCCUUCUAUGGUGUAUUUGAUGGUCAUGGAGGAAAUGCUGCAGCGCAGUUUGUCCGUGACCACUUGCCAAGGGUCAUUGUCGAGGACGCUGAUUUCCCCUUAGCACUGGAGAAGGUAGUUAUGAGGUCAUUUAUAGAGACAGAUGCUGAAUUCGCAAAGACAUGCUCUCUUGAGUCUUCCCUGUCUUCUGGCACAACUGCACUUACAGCGAUGAUAUUUGGGAGGUCUUUGCUUGUGGCAAAUGCUGGGGAUUGCCGGGCAGUGCUGUCACAGCUCGGAGUGGCUAUAGAAAUGUCGAAAGAUCACAGGCCAUGCUGCACAAGAGAAAGGAGCAGGAUUGAGUCCCUGGGUGGAUACAUUGAUGAUGGGUAUCUAAAUGGUCAGAUAUCCGUCACCCGUGCGCUUGGUGAUUGGCACCUUGAAGGACUGAAAGAUAUUGGUGAAAGGGGUGGACCUUUGAGUGCUGAACCAGAACUUAAACUAAUGACACUAACCAAAGAACAUGAGUUCUUAAUCAUAGGCAGUGACGGAAUCUGGGAGGUGUUUAGGAGCCAAAAUGCAGUAGAUUUUGUCCGGAGGAGACUCCAAGAGCACAACGAUGUGAAGCUAUGCUGCAAGGAAGUAGUUGAGGAAGCAAUUAAGCGUGGAGCAACAGACAAUCUCACGGUUGUGGUAGUGAGUUUUCACUCUGAGCCACCACCACUGAAGGAGGUGGUACGAAGGGCAAGAGUGACAAGAAGCAUUUCAGCAGAGGGGCUUCAAAAUCUCAGAUCUCUGUUAGAAGGAUAGAAGUUUAUUUCACUUAUUUUUAAGUGAAGGAGAGAACCAAUUGAAUAAUUAAUCACGUAGCUAAUAAGCGGAUAUUUGGUAGAGGCCUGCUUGUAUAUACAUUCAUUCGGGAAGUAGAUGAUAGAAACUGCAUCUUCUUUCUUCUUUACCACUGGAGCUCCAUUUGAUUUUCAGAAAGAUGAUGUUUGUAAUGAUUUCUCUCUUGCUGUCUUAUUGACAAUCAAAUGGAGCUUUAGAAUGGUUGAAGGGAGAUGAGUCAUUCCAAAGUGCAGGGGAGUGGGGGACUUUGAUCUGUAAACGGUUGUGAUUCUAGAACUGUAUGUAUAAUCCCUUCUUGGUCAUAUAAAAAUGUGUACAUAUUCAGUACCCUUCGACAAUAUAAACAUUUUUAUUCCUCUUU